AUGACACCACCACCACCACCACCAGAAGACAUGAUCAUCAUCCCUAACGAAUGUCAAAUGGAUUCUUCAUGUUAUUGUGAUGAGUACAGCUGGUUAUUUGAUGAAGGGUUCUUUCCCUUUCAACGCAACGGUGAAUCUCCACAAGAAGACUAUGAGGAAACAAAUUCUUCGCCCACCGAAUCCCCUCGACUAUUUCAAGAAUCCUACGAGGUUGUUCGCUAUUGCUCGAAUUGUUAUGCCACCAAAACGCCUGUAUGGAGAAAAAGCAAAGCUGGUGACAUCGUAUGCAAUGCAUGCGGACAAUAG